AUGAAUUAUUUCUUCAUGAUAUCCUACCUUUUAAUUUUGUUCCUUGGCCUUGGAACAAAGACCGCGUGCAAUGCCAAUGAUAGUCCUGGAUUUUUUGUGAAAAUUGCCAAAAAUGUUCCCCGUUUGGGUAGGCGUUCCGAUAAAUUGUUUACAUUUCUUAAAAACUACAAAGCCAUACCACGUAUUGGAAGGAGUUCGGAAGGGGAAACAACAACAACAUCCUUUACCAAUUGGUUGGAUACACAAUUCCACAUGAAAAUGGAGAAGCGUAUUCCGCACAAUUCCAUUGACAAAGAUUUGACAUUGGUUCAACCCGUAAAUACGGUGACACUUAAAGAGUUAAUCGACACCCAUGCCAUUGUCGGUGAAAAUGUCCGUUUUAUUCAUUGGAAAGAUUUUGAUCGAGCUUUACAAUCGGAUUCGGAAUUAUUUGGUAAAAUCAGUUCUAUUGGACGUAAACCAGAUCAGCAUUUGAAGGAGGACCUGACAAAGGAACAAUUCACACCAAUUGUGAAAAAUCUGAUGGAUACCGAUGGUACGGAUUUCUUGUUAUAUACCCAAGGAGAACAGCAUGGACCGGGGCAUUAUGCUCCAGAAUUUCUUCGAUAUAAUAUGAUGUAA